GAUGGAAAAGAGAGAGAAAAGAAAGAGAAAAGAAAGAGAACUAAAAGGAAAGUGUAGAUGGCGCUGGAAGAGGAAGAAAAGUUGUUUCUCUUUUUUGAGAAAAAAAUAAUUUAAGGUCAGUCAAAGACGGAUGGAACUUGUGUUAACUUCAACUCUUACUCGACUUCUCGUCUUGAUUGUUGUUAAAUUUUCUUCAUAAAUUUCGUUGAUUGUUGGAGUCACAUUUUUCUACCUCUACUUGAAUAUCUCCCCCUUCUCGUGGCCCUUCCAAUUCCAAUUUAAAGUCUUCAAUUUCUUCUAAUGGAAUUUCUGUGAAUUCGAAUUUCUUAAUAUUUCUAUUCUUCUUUUUCUUCUUUUUGUUGGUCUUCAACAAUUAAUUGAUUCAUUUUCAUCUCUAAACCAAUUGUUUUAUUUAUUCUUCAUCAUCAUCAUCAUCAUUACCAUUUUCUUAAUUUCUUAUCUGUUCUCAUCUAAAAUUCAUCAUCACCUUAAAAAACAUUAAAUCAAAUGUGCAAAAUGUUACCAUUUUUUUUCCUCCAACUAUUGUUACGAUUCACUGAAUCUUGUUCAUCUCGAUCAACACCAAAACCGAGGAUUCCAACCUCGUUUAAUUCACUAACCCCUUCAACCACCCGACCCAAUAUAACCUAUCAAACAUAUGCCUGCCCCGAGGCAUAUGCAAAAUGGUAUUGUCUUAAUGGUGCAACAUGUUUCUCAAUUAGAGUAGGUGAAUCUAUUCUGUAUAGUUGUGAAUGUGCCCAUGGAUAUAUGGGCCAAAGGUGUGAAUUCAAGGAUCUUGAUGGUUCUUACCUUCCCUCACCUUCAGCUUCCACCUCAAGGAAUGACAAAGUGACCAUUGGAAUGGCCAAUGUGGCCGGUUUUUUCACUUUAACUGUAAUCCUAGUUAUCUAUGUUUAUAUUGCUUGGACACAUUUUAAUAGUAGACGAUCAUCAUCAUCAACAAUUCACCGGCGACACCAGCAACAUCAACUUCCCACCCUAACAACAUAACAAAUGACAAUUGAAAUUUAACUUGACCACCAGGAAAAAAAAAGAUUCAACAUAAAAUCAAAUCAUAAUUUUAUUGAUUCAAUUUUUUUCUUUCGGUGUUAAAAGUGAAGUGAAAAUUGAAACUUGACCGAUACCAAUAUAAAUUGCUCCGGUUUAUACUUUUUCUUUUUUUUGGAGACGAUGAAGAUUCACAUCAUCUUGUUGUAGAGUUUAAACCAAAAGAAAAAAAAAAAAUGUUAUCCCAACAAAAAUCAUCAUCAUCAAUCAACUCGACAACAAAAAAAAAUUCAUCAACUAUUAACUUACAUCUACUACAAUCAGAAAAGAAUCAAAAUUAAGCAGCAGAAAAAAAAGAGAAAUUAACAUCUUUUAUGAACAAAGGAGAUUAUAAUUGAAUAACUAAACAAUUUAAUCAAUUUGGUAUCGAGUUUAAAUUGUUGAAUCUGUUCAAACUGUGAUUUAAUUUCCAAAAACCUUUGAGAGGUUUUUUUUUGGAAACAAAA